AAGACCACCGCGCUUGAGGAGCAUCCUGAUUGGGCAACUUUCAACGUCAACUCUUCGACUUUGACUUCUGUAACGGAGUACAACAGCUAGUAACUUACGAGCAUAGCUGACUGAUAUAUUCACCACUACCUCCGCAUCGUCCUUGUUAUCCUUCCAACUCCCGAUAUAUACCUGUUAUCCUUAGCUACAUCCUCGAGCCGUAGCUGGAGGCCCUGUCCUUAACACCACCGCUCGGGAGUGCUACUCGCCGCCAAACUGCCAUCAAGAUGGAACCCUCCGCUCCGUCCAACCCGUCCAACCCGCCGAACCCCCCUCCUAAUCCCAAUAAUCCGAAUAAUCCUAACAAUCCUAACAACCCCAAUAAUCCUAACAAUCCCAAUAAUCCCAAUAAUCCACCAAAUCAAAGCUCUACUGCCCUCCCCGCCGCCCAGCAGCAGAACCUAAUCCGCACCGAUCAAGUUCAGAAACUCCCGCACCUGACCGAUUCGCAGAAAGCGACCAACACCCAGGUUGUGCGGAGUCUGUGGGAGACCAUCAACGCGCAUGCUCCGGGUACUGCCGAGUAUAACAACGCCCAUUCAAAACUAGCCGGCCUCUCACAGACACUCAUGCGUCAAAUGAAGACGUUUCAGUACAGGCAGAUGCAGCUUCAGCAGCAGCAGAAACAGAUGCAACAGGUGCAACAGUCGAGUCAGGGGCAAGGACCGAUGAAAAAUGAAGGCGCCCAGCCAGCCCAGAUGCAGCAACAGCAGCAACAACAACAACAGCAGCAGCAGCAGCCGCCGCCGCCGCCACGAGCGCAGCUGGGUCAAUCACAGUUUCAACAACUUUUGCCGCAGAUACAGGCUAAAGUGAACAGUUUUAGUUUCGUAUAUCCGCCCAAGAUCGAUAAGAUACAGGUUGAAGCGUGGCUGAAUGAUGCUAAGUUGCGAUAUGGCAUCGCGUUGCAGAAGCAGGAGUUGGGCAAAGCAAAGCUAGCCGAGUUACGCCAGGCGUACCAGCAGCGUCAGAGCGCGGGGACUUUGACGCCGGAGGAGAUGCAGGAUUUUAAGAAUCGACAGGUGACGGCCAAUAAGCUCUAUCAGGAGGGAAGUGAGUUCCUUAUCAAGUUUAAAGAGCAGCAGGACUCUUUUCGAGCUGGGCAGUCACAGGGGCAGGCGCAAACGCAGCUGCAGCCACAGCAGGUGGCGCAACAGCAAACAUCAAGCGUGCAUCAAAAUAGACCUGGGCUUGGUGGUCCCAGUCCUGUUCCUCCUCCGCAGCAACAACAACCACAAGGUCCAAUCGUGAAAACUGAGCCGGGCCUACCUGCUCAAGCGUCCAAUGGCCCAGCUCCCUACACUAUCAACUCUGCAGUAGCUGCGCGAAACCAGGCAGGUCAAACAACCAUGGCUCCUGCCACUUCACAGGCAGGCCAGCUCUCUUCACCGGCACCCGCGCAGAAUACCCCUACUUCACAAGUUUCUCAGUUUCCCGGGCGACCUCAGCAACACACCGCUCAAAACCCCCUACCGCAGCCACAGCAGCCGUACACUCAACAACCAUCACGAACUGAAUCCUCCAGUACUCCCAUAUCCGCUACGGCAACACAGAACAUCCCGGGCCAUCCACCAGGCCCACCUCGCCCCCUCUCCCAAGAAGCUGCCUUUCAACAGUCUGCCCAAAACUACUCAAAGUCAACUCAACAACCACCACUCACUCAACAGCAGCAGCAACAGCAACAACAGCCACCGCCACAGCCACAGCAACAGCAGCAGCAUCCACAGCAGCCGCAGCCUCCGAACCCCCACGCCCACCCGCAAGGCUACGCGCACAAUCGAACUGAUAGCAGCUCGCGCAGCGUGCACAUGACCAUUCCCAAAAACCUGAACGUCAAACCGCCUGAACCUGUCUCCAUGGAUCCUGCACGCCCUACAUUAUCUGGUGGGCCGAGCCAUGGCGCGAUGGGCGCGAUGGGCCAACCGGCUAUUCAGAAGCAUCCUGGAUAUGUACUUGAGGGGGAGGGCCAGCAUGUGCUUAGCAAGAAGAUGUUGGAUGUUCUUGUGAAGCAAGUUACGGGGGGUGGAGAGGGUCAGGGUCUUACUCCAGAUGCGGAAGAGUUCAUUCUCCAAAUGGCCGACGACUUCGUCGACGACGUCAUCACCGCUGCAUGCCGCUUGGCUAAACUCCGCCCAGCCUCCACACUUGACAUCCGCGAUAUCCAGCUAAUCCUCGAGCGUAACUAUAAUAUGCGCAUUCCGGGAUUCUCAUCGGACGACCUGCGUACAGUGAAGAAACCCCACCCUACACAGGGCUGGACGCAGAAGAUGUCUGCUAUUCAGGCUGCGAAGGUUACGCAGGGAAGGGCUGAAUAAAAUCUUCUUGUUCGAUUUGUUUUUCUUGAUGGUUGAUGAGGGAAUUGAACGGAAUUUUGGGGAGUGCUGGGGAAGAGUUGGGCUUGGGGUUUUUUGAUGUGGGGGUUGGUUGAGGCGUUAUGAAGAUGUCAUUCUGUUUGGCGCGUUUGUCCCAAGCAAAUCGGGCGUGAACGACAUCGAGGAGCACGUGUCGAGAUCAUGACCUUUCCAUUCCUGUUGGACCUCCUGGGAGGUUUUCUUUCUCUCUCCAUUUUCUUCUUUCUAAUGUCCAUGGGUGGGGUGGGGUGCUGGCUGGAAAUUAUUAUUUUUUUUUCUUUCCCUCUUUCUUAUGCCAUUUCUCCUUUUAAUUAUCUUUCCUCUGUGCUUGCAAAACUUCUGCUAUGAAAACUCAGGAUAUGUAAUCGGCGAAAAUCGGCGUGGUAAUUUUUGGAUCGUUGGAAUGAAUGAAUGGACGGGCGGAUUUGGGAUGGGUUGCAAAAUUUUCAAGGAUUUGCAUUCUUAUUGUUGUUUGUUUCCUUGAUUGAUUUGUGUUAUGUUUUCUGUUCUUCCUUCUUUUUAUUAUUUAUUUUGCAUUUAUUUUUAUUUUUAUUAUUUAUUUGUUUAUUCAGCCGUUUUACCCGCGGAUGUACUGUUAUCAUAUAUUCCUAGGGGAUAGAUGAUUUAUUGAGUGAAUGGUUUUAUUUAAUAAGAUCAGGACAUGUUACAAGGGGUUCAUUCAGUUCUCUGCCAGCCGAUCAUAUAACUAGAGGAUGGAUAAACUCCCUUCUUGAAUGUACUGUACAUCACUUAUUAAAGAAGCUGAAUAAAAAGAAUCUAAGUCUAUUUAAAAUUGUUAAAUUAGUGAGAAAUAUAUAUAUAGUAU